AUGAACACUGCUCUUCUACUGUGGUCGGUUCUGCUGCUUGCUCCGGUGGCCUUGGCCCAUGCCCCAACGGGAUGUGUGACGAUCAAGAAUCGCCACAUGGACAAGUAUCUGGUGAGUUCGUCCAGCUACGACUCGGAACGGCGCCACGUAUCGUUGGAUAAAACCGGCAACCAGCACUGGGUCAUCCGGCAAGACGGCAUCAAUUACAGGAUCACCCACGGUUUGCUCAAGGAGGAGCUGUACGAGUCCGAUAAGAGCCAAAAUGGAAACUUUGUCUUCCUGUGGACCCCGAGGGACCGAGCGAGAGGCCGAGGCUGGAGAAUAACCCAGUCGGAGCAGGGAUUCUUUCACAUUAAAAAUGUCAAAUAUGGACACUGCUUGUACGCUAAGGGCAUGCUGUCGAACUGGAUUGGAGCCUAUGCAAACUGCGACAGUAAAAAGUAUGAGUGGAAAAUUGUUUCUACCUCGUGCAGGAAUUAA